AGGAUGAUUCCUGAUUUAAAAGAGGCUCUAUAUAGUAUUUCCUUUCAGGGAAAUGAUAGACAUAUCGGAGCAUGCAAACGCGUAUGAUAAUAUUUUGUAAAUAUUGAAAUUUUAAUUAUUUUACUAAUGUAAAGACAAGACAGGAGAAUUUUCUUUCAAUGUCGUUUGUGUUCGUAGGAAUAAAACCGAUGUGAAAUUACCAUCUAAUGUAAAUGAUUAAAUAAGCUACUCGCAAGAGAAACGUGCAGAAAAUAACAAACUUGUGUGUUAGUUACGUUUGUUUCUACUAAUCAGCUGACUUCCGGAACUAAUACGAGAGAAAAUGUUAGUGAGGCCUUUCAUUCUUUUCACUUGACAGAAUAGCAUACUUAUAAGCAAACAAGUUUUUUUAUUUAAUUUUUAAUUUCGUGAAUCAAAGACUGAUACAGUUAGCGAAUUGCAAUUUGAACGUGCUUGAGAAAAAAGUAAAUGAUAAACUUUGUAUAAUUGUGAGAUACUGUUAGAUAAUAAUUUGAAGAUAACUUGCUGCUACCAUCUUAAAAAUAAUAUGAGUUCUGAAGCAGGUACAAGUAACAGUCAGAACAAAAAUGAAACAAGAUUAGAUGAAAGUUUUAAACAAAAUGGUACUCAAUCGAUUGAACAGUCGAUUAAAUCGUCUAAAGUUAUACAACUUGAAAGCAAAUUAAAUGGAGAUCAAAUGAAAUUAAAUAACAAACUGGGAGACAACAGUGCCAAGAAUCAUUUGUCUUCAAAAGCUUCAGUUACGUUUGCGAAUGGUACAAGAUCUAUGCAAACUAAUACAUGCAAUUUCACCAAUAGUACGGACCAAGAUAUAAAUCAAGAUAUAUUGAAUGCAAGUGUAUCUCCCAUGUUUUUGAAUACUAACAACAUCAAGUCUCAAACUUUGAAUACCGCUGUUACAAGUCAAUUGAAGCAUAAGACUGUAUUGAGCACGAGUGCUUUGAACUUGCCUAAGCCUCCGAUGAACUUGAACUUAUCUUCCAGUCAAAAUAAUACACAUACAAAUCAUUGUAUAUCAGGUUCUUUUAGUACUGGCACUACAUCAAAUGCUACUUUGUAUUUAAAUAAUUCGGUACCAGUUUCAUCUACAAUACAGUCAAAUUUGUCAAUAGCUAAACCAAAUGAGGAUAUUGAUAUGAAAAAUAAUGUAGAUUAUGUUUCUGGAAUUGAAAAAUGUCCGUCAAAAGUGUCAUGCAGUUCAGAUUCUAGUCCUGAAGUGGAUAGUGUCUGGGCAUCAAGAUCCUAUGGAUCUAAUAGCUUGUUAAAUAAUAUAGGUGGUAGUAUAGGUUCAACAAGUCAAGGAACAUGUUGUUUUUUAAGACCUAAUAUUAAUGGGAAUAAAGAGGUAGCAGGACCAAGUGGAUUACAAAAAAAUACACAAAGAGAACAAAAUGAAAGGCGAGAUUCAAGUUCUGGAAAUGAAGGAGAUAUGUCAGAUGGAGAAGAUUAUUGUAUUUAUACAUAUAAAGGAAAUGAUGACGCAGUACGUUUAAUUCAAGAGGAAGAAGUAAAUCAAGGACAAGUGGAAGAACGUGAGGAAGAGCAAUGUCACAGUGGUAGAUCAAGUCCAGAGAUGGACUUUUUGGAAAUGGAUUUUGAUCCUGGGCCUUCUUGUGAACAGGAUACAGGAGAUAGUGAUUUGGCCUCUAUAAAUGAAGAUAUACAGAAUAUAGCGUUAGAUAAUGUAGAUCCAGAUCCAGUAUUAAAUGACUUAAGUAGCGGUAAAGUUGUGGCUAAACAAGGAAUUGCAUCUACAUCUCAAAACCCAAAGCAAAGUGUACAAAAUGUGAAUAAUACAGAGACUCAGCAAUGUUCCAGCAGUAAUUCUUCUGUUCCUGAACCAAGUAUAAAACCAAAUUAUCCAUCGCCAUGGAUGCCAAGUACCAGCAGUGCAGCAGGAAAAUGGGAAACUAACAAAAUAUAUCGCAAUACGAGAUGUCCUCUGAGGGAAUCAUAUGGAUAUCACAGUACAAGUGGAGAUCUUAUUUCACCAGGUGAUAAUAGAGAUUCAGAUGCGGAAUUGUGGGUUGAAUCUUCAUCAGCUUCCGUUCCGGAAAAUUCAAAUUUAAACUCUCGGAGAGUGAAUCUCACUUCAACUCUUUAUCAUCGUAUGAUGGCAAAGAAAUUGAUGCUCAAUAAGCAAGCUGCAUUUAAUCAGAGUGGUGACUCAAAUCUAGAAAACGAAUUAUCAAAUGAACGAUUAGAUGGCCUUUUACCGGUUGAAAAAAUCAUGUUAUGGAGCGAACAAGAAGCCACAGUGAAACAAGUAACUCAAAUAGGAACUUCUGCGUGUGGUGCUACUGCUGCGAUAAAUGCUUUGUUGGCUUUAAAUGUACCAUUUUCAUUAGAAACAUUAAUAAAAAGUGUAAACACUAGGCAAAGAGAGCCCGGUACACCAUUACCGCGAUAUUUAUACAGUCGAUCAGUGGCUGGAUCGACGCACAGAGAUUUGGCUCGUGGUAUAGCUUUAUGUACAAAUGGAUCAGUUAUAACAAAGUUUUUUGCGUUUUAUCCUGAAAAAAAGGUUUCAUUGUCUCAUUGGUUACACUAUUGGAUAUCAAAAGGUGCUGCGCCUAUAGCAACGCUAAAUUUGCAACAUUGUGGAGAAGGAUGUGAUAUUCCAGAUGCGUGGCACCAUCAAAUGAUAUUUGGUGUAGGACAAGCAGGGAUUUAUUUAACUAAUCCAUUAGAAUGUUUGCCUGAACAGUACGUUUGGCAUCAACUUGUAAGUCCUAGUAUUUUACUGGUACGAAGAGCGGAUGUUUUAGCACAUUGGAAUCCGAAUACCGAUUUAACACCACUGGCUGCUAUGGAUCAAAAGUGGCGAAAACUCAACGUUUUUGGUCAAGUUGUAAAUAUGGUACGCGAAGCAAUGACCCAGAAACGCCAACUUAAUAAUCUGACUACUGGUGUAACUCACAUUCGUAUACCUGCAUCUUAUCAAGCAGGUAUUACAUUAGUUAUGUGUGCAGACUCUGCCGCUGCUUCUGAAUUGUUACAUACCGAACAAUUACCAUUACUCUAGUCUUGUUGAUCAAAAUUAAUAAAUCCAGGCUGCCCGUUUUUAUUUGUAAUAAAUUUGAUUAGCAGGCUGGUCCGCACAAUGUUAUUUACAAUAGCUCGUUUAUUGAAUAAGACAGUUGGGGUCAUACUUGAAACGAUUUACAUUUUUAACGCAAAAGAUGUUUGUAUUCAAAGAGAAUAUUAUCGAUUAAAAUAUAUUUCAAUAGAAUAUUUCCGUUUUAUAUGCAGUUAUAUUUAUAAAUUCAUACAUUAAAAAAAUGUCAACAACGUUAAAAAA